AUUUUUUAAGGAAUCGCUGAGGAAGUGAAUGAUACGGGUGCAGAGAUUUCAUUGAAAAUUGCAUGAGGAUGGCUUCGUGGAGUAAGGUAGAUGGAAAGAAGAUCAUGAAAUGGUGGCACUAAUUAAGUUUAAGCACCAGUGGGAAGGAAGCAGCCCAAGAAGCCAUACGCAAUGACUCAUAUCGCCUGCUUCAGCAUGAUAGCGUGAAUCUGAUGAUCAGAGCUGGGGAUCUGUCAUAGAGUUCAGUGUUUGCAUUUUAAUUGGUUCAUUGAGAGAGAAAAGGAAAAAGAAAAACAAAUGAUCCAGGCUAGAAAGAAAUAUCUGAUGGAUAUCCACCACACCAACUAUGCUUGUAUCUAAGAGAUCUGGAUUAUAAAAAUAAAUAAAUAAAUAUAUAUAUUUAUAUAUUUAAUUAAAGCAAAUAACACUUUUGUUGCAAUAAAAUGUAUAUGAUCUAUUAAUGCAUUUGCUUUUUGCUGACUCACCCACAACACUUUCCUGGUAUGCAAAUUGAGACCUCUAAUCACAAACCAGGUAAUACUUCAGUGCCAAUUAAUACAAAAAAAUAUAUAAUAAUAAUAAAAAAAACAUUCAUCAAGCACAUAUCAAUUUAGCCAAUAUGGUGCUUGUUAUGAGGCACGGUGGUCACUUAAUCUGGAUGGGCCUUCUGGUUGGUUGCUUGAUAGACCUCGGUGCCAGUCUGGAAUUCACUGGAGCAGAAGGGCAGUGGGCUCGGUUCCCUAUGUGGAAUGCUUGUUGCGAGAGUGAAAUGAGCUUUAACAUGAAGACCAAAAGUUCCCAUGGCCUCUUGGUGUACUUCGACGAUGAAGGAUUCUGUGACUUUCUGGAGCUUCUAAUUCACAAUGGAAAACUAAGCCUACGCUUUUCAAUUUUUUGUGCUGAACCUGCCACAGUGUUGUCAGACACUGGAGUUGAUGACAACAACUGGCAUUCUGUUAUCAUAAAGAGAAACUUCAAAAACACAACACUUAUGGUAGACAGAGAAGUAAAAUGGGUGGAGGUGAAAUCCAAAAGACGGGAUAUGACUGUCUUUAGCCAUUUGUUCCUUGGUGGGAUUCCGCCAGAAUUACGUACUGUGGCACUGAGGUUAACGUCAGCUGCGGUGAAAGACCAGGUUCCAUUCAAAGGAUGGAUAACUGAGCUCAAAGUCAACAGUUCGGAGGCCAUGCUCAUCAGUAGUGAAGGGGUCUUGAAUGUCACGGAUCCUUGUGGCAGAGACAACUUGUGUCUGAAUGGUGGAAUCUGCUCUGUUGUUAAUAAAGAAGCGAUUUGUGACUGCUCACAGACUGGCUACCAAGGGAAGGACUGCAGUGAAGAAGACAACUAUGUGGAAGGUCUGGCGCACCUGAUGAUGGGCGACCAAGGAAAAGAGGAAUACGUUGCAACCUUCAAAGGGUCUGAAUACUUCUGCUACGACUUAUCCCAGAACCCAAUUCAGAGCAGCAGUGAUGAAAUCACGUUGUCAUUCAAAACCCUUCAGAGGAAUGGACUGAUGCUCCACACAGGCAAAUCAGCCGACUACGUCAACCUUGCUCUGAAGAACGGAGCCGUCUCUCUCGUCAUUAAUUUGGGGUCUGGGGCCUUCGAGGCGCUGGUGGAACCUGUGAAUGGGAAGUUUAAUGACAAUACCUGGCAUGAUGUCAAAGUAACAAGGAAUCUACGUCAGCACUCAGGCAUUGGACACGCUAUGGUAACAAUAUCAGUGGAUGGAAUUCUGACCACCACAGGAUACACACAGGAGGACUACACCAUGCUGGGCUCUGAUGACUUUUUCUAUGUUGGGGGCAGUCCUAGCACAGCUGACCUCCCAGGUUCACCUGUCAGCAACAACUUUAUGGGUUGCCUAAAGGAGGUCGUGUAUAAAAACAAUGAUGUCAGGCUUGAGUUGUCCAGACUGGCCAAACAAGGAGAAGCCAAAAUGAAGGUUCACGGUGUUGUGGCAUUUAAGUGUGAAAACGUGGCUACCUUGGACCCAAUCACAUUUGAGACUCCAGAGUCCUAUAUCACGCUACAUAAAUGGAACGCUAAGAAAACAGGCUCCAUAUCUUUUGACUUCCGCACCACAGAGCCUAAUGGGCUGCUCCUCUUUAGUCAUGGCAAGCCAAAGCACCAUAAAGAUGCCAAGAAUCCUCAAAUGUUGAAGGUGGACUUCUUCGCUAUAGAAAUGCUUGAUGGCCAUCUGUACCUCCUCCUUGAUAUGGGAUCAGGUACAAUUAAAACACGAGCUGUAAACAAGAAAGUGAAUGACGGGGAGUGGUAUCAUGUCGACUUUCAGAGAGAUGGACGAUCAGGUACCAUAUCUGUGAAUACCAACCGCACACCAUACACCUCACCGGGAGAGAGUGAAAUCCUAGACCUGGAUGACAACUUGUAUUUAGGUGGCUUGCCAGAGAACAAAGUGGGCCUCAUCUUUCCAACCGAAGUGUGGACAGCGCUGCUUAAUUACGGCUAUGUGGGUUGCAUCAGGGACCUGUUCAUUGACGGUCAGAGCAAAGAUAUCCGGCGCAUGGCUGAAAUCCAGGCGGCCGCUGGAGUGAAGCCAUCCUGUUCCAAGGAGCCGGCUAAGCAGUGUCUCAGCAAUCCGUGCCGGAACAAUGGUGUUUGCAGGGAGGGCUGGAACAGAUACGUCUGUGAUUGCUCUGGAUCCGGAUACCUUGGCCGAUCAUGUGAAAGGGAAGCCACAAUCCUGAGCUACGAUGGAAGCAAGUUCAUGAAAAUUCAGCUGCCAGUGGUGAUGCACACUGAGGCAGAAGACGUGUCCCUGCGCUUCAGGUCUCAAAGAGCCUAUGGGAUUCUAAUGGCCACAACAUCAAGAGAUUCUGCUGACACUCUGCGCUUGGAACUGGAUGCAGGACGUGUACGACUCACAGUCAACCUAGACUGUAUCAGGAUAAACUGUAAUACCAGCAAGGGCCCGGAAACCAUUUUCGCUGGCUAUAACCUCAAUGAUAAUGAAUGGCACACAGUUCGUGUUGUUCGCCGAGGAAAGAGUUUGAAGCUGACUGUGGAUGAUUUACAGCCUGUGGAAGGACAAAUGGCUGGAGACCACACACGGCUUGAAUUUCACAACAUAGAAACCGGCAUUGUGACUGAGCGACGGUACAUGUCUGUAGUGCCUUCCAACUUCAUCGGCCACCUGCAGAGCCUAUCGUUGAACGGCAUGCCAUACAUCGAUCUGUGUAAAAACGGUGACAUCGACUACUGUGAGCUGAACGCCAUGAUUGGCUUCAAAAACAUCAUCGCAGAUCCAGUUACCUUCAAGUCUAAAUCCAGCUACGUGGCCCUCGCUACGCUGCAAGCGUACUACUCCAUGCACCUGUUUUUCCAGUUCAAGACCACGUCUUCCGACGGGCUGAUCUUGUUCAACAGCGGGGAUGGCAACGACUUCAUUGUGGUGGAGCUUGUUAAAGGGUAUUUACACUAUGUUUCUGACUUGGGUAAUGGUGCUCAUCUAAUCAAAGGCAACUCUAACAAGCCCUUGAACGACAAUCAUUGGCACAAUGUGAUGAUUUCAAGAGAUACAAACAAUCUUCACACCGUAAAGAUCGAUACAAAAGUGACAACCCAAACCACUGUGGGAGCCAAAAAUCUUGAUCUUAAAGGGGACUUAUUUGUUGGUGGGGUUGCCAAAGAAAUGUACAAAGAUCUGCCCAAGCUGGUGCAUGCAAAGGAGGGUUUCCAAGGAUGCCUGGCUUCUGUGGAUUUGAACGGGCGUCUUCCAGACCUGAUCUCCGACGCACUGUCAUGUGUGGGACAGAUUGACAGAGGAUGCGAAGUUGCAUUGAUGAAAGCUGACUUACAAGGCCCCAGUACUACCUGCCAGGAGGAUUCUUGUGCAAACCAAGGAGUGUGUCUCCAGCAAUGGGAUGGAUUCAGCUGUGACUGCAGCAUGACCUCAUUCGCUGGUCCUCUGUGCAAUGACCCUGGAACUACGUACAUUUUUGGCCGAGGAGGUGGACUGAUCACUUACACAUGGCCCCCCAACGACCGGCCAAGCACCCGCGCUGACAGGCUGGCUGUAGGAUUUAGCACCCAAUUGAAAGAUGCUGUUUUGGUGCGGGUGGACAGUUCUUCUGGGCUCGGAGACUACCUACAGCUACACAUUGAAAAGGGAAAUAUUGGAGUCAUAUUUAAUGUUGGAACAGAUGACAUUGCUAUUGAAGAACCAGCUAAGUUUGUAAAUGAUGGAAAAUACCAUAUAGUACGAUUUACUCGGAGUGGCGGCAAUGCCACACUGCAGGUGGACGACCUGCCUGUCAUUGAACGAUACCCAACAGGAAACAAUGAUAACGAACGCCUGGCGAUUGCUAGACAGCGAAUCCCAUAUCGACUUGGUCGAGUAGUUGAUGAAUGGCUACUCGACAAAGGACGCCAGCUUACUAUCUUCAAUAGCCAAACGACUAUAAAAAUUGGAGGCAAGGACAGGAGCCGUCCAUUCCAGGGCCAGCUUUCUGGUCUUUACUACAAUGGCUUGAAAGUGCUGAACAUGGCAGUUGACAAUGACCCCAACAUCAAGAUCGAAGGCAGUGUGAGGCUCGUUGGGGAAGCACCGCCCUCUAUGACAACGGAGUCCAGUGCAACUGCAAACCAGUCCCAGACGUCCACCUCCAUAAUGGAAAUAACAACCACCACGGCAUCCAGCAGGAGAGGGAAGCCACCCACAAGAGAGCCACAGCCAACAGAUGACCUGCUUGUGGCAUCUGCUGAAUGUCCCAGCGAUGAUGAGGACAUUGAUCCAUGUGAGCCGAGCUCAGGUGGGUUAGCAAAUCCCACAGGACCCGGCUCCAAAGGCUUCCCAGGGCCCUCGGAGGUGAUCAGAGAGUCGAGCAGCACCACAGGAAUGGUGGUGGGCAUCGUGGCAGCAGCUGCUCUGUGCAUACUCAUCCUCCUCUACGCCAUGUACAAGUACAGGAACAGAGAUGAGGGCUCCUACCACGUGGAUGAGAGUCGGAACUACAUCAGCAACUCAGCACAGUCAAACGGGACCGUGGUGAAGGAGAAGCAGGCCAACAGUGCCAAAAGUUCAAGCAAGAACAAGAAAAACAAGGAUAAAGAAUAUUACGUCUGAUCCAACUUAUACAGAAGAACACUUGUAAAAUAAUAUAGUCUUCAUUUUAUCUGAGACAUAAUAAACGUAAUUGACUUUUUAAUUGAGCACAUAGGACAAAACAAAACAAAACAAAAAAAAACGGGGGAAUGUGGGCAGAAAGGACAGACCUGAAAAAAUGAAUUAAAAAAAAUUAAAUAAAAAAAAGACAUUGACAUUUCAUGCGUUUGUUUCAAAGAAACAGGAGCCGAUUUAAAAGGACAAAACAAAAACAAAUAUAUAUAUAUACAUAUAUUAAACAGUCAGUGUUUUCAUUUACGUUGCCUGUGUUUGUGUUGCUGGGACGUUUUCUUAACAAAAAAAUAAUAAUAAAAUGUCACCAAACAUUCAUAACAGAAGAAAAGUAACAUUGCUUUAAAGGAUGUCGCAAAAACAAAAAGAUGCUACCUAUGAUUGUGGAAUCUGUCAAAGGAUGUGCACUUUCUGAGAGCCGUUAGUGACCAGAGAGGACUUUGUGAAGGCCCAUCUAACAGACCCAAUGAAGGGGCAAAGAAGAGGAAAAGAAGCACUGGUUAUCAUAAUAGACAUCUGAAAAAAAAGUAAUAAAAAUACUUUUAUGUUGUUGAGAUGGAAAAUGGAGGCCUUAAUUUCAACCCAAUGUGAAAUCUAAGGCAGAUGUUUUGGGAGAAUUACGAGGAUGUCUAGAUUAUUUGGGAAAUUCCAUGCAGGCAGAGUAUCUUAUUACAUAUGUUUAUAUACAAACCCAUCUAUAUGUGCUUUCUGGACUGUGAUGAGUGAUGUUUUAUAGCCUGUUGUAUAGACGAUGCAAACUAUAUCUGCUCUUCAGCCAUUUUUAGUAAAAUUAAAUAAAUAAAUAAAAAAGAGAAAAUUAAAUGUUAUUAAGUGUUGCUAGAUAUAGAUUUUAUGAUGAGAUCUGCAAUGACAUUUUACUUUUUUUUUUUUUUUAACCGUCAUUCUUAACCGUGUCAUUAUAUUUUGCUUGAACAGUUUGCAUUGUAAUGAGUGUCCUCUGUAUCUGUAUGAGGGAUAUGUAUGAAUGUAUGGUACAUAGAAGUUAGCUUUUUCCAAAACCUGUACCGCAAUCCCAUUUACUUUUUAUUGGGUUUUUUUGACUGCCGAUAUAUAUAUAUAUAUAUAUAUAUAUAUAUAUAUAUAUAUAUAUAUAUAUAUAUAUAUAGACAUAGACAUAGACAUAGACAUAGAUAGGUAUUCAUAUAGAUAUAAAGAUAUAUAUUAUGAAGGAAAAAGAAAUUUAAAAAAAUACAUGCCCAAAUUUGUUUGCCCUGCAAAAUUAUUAUUCAACUUACAAAAAACGGUGCGAUGGAGCUUUCCUGCAAAAAUCUAUUAUAGACUUAAGAGCACUUAUUAUUAGUAUUAUUAGUAUUAUUAAGUUUAUUUUACAAAUUUCUUAUAACUUAAUUGAUCUUAAAUCUAUGAUGGAUUUCUUAGAAGAAUUUGUUAUAUAACAGAUUCCAAUGUAUUACUCCUUUGAGCUGAAAUAGGGCUUUUAGUUUAUCUGCAAGUGGUUUGAGACAUUUUGCAGUGUAUCAGUAAUUCAGGUGUGUGUCUAAUUUUUGGUAAAUUGUAUUACACACAGUUUAAUCUAAAUAAUUCAGCUGUGUGUCUGGUGGUGGGAAAGAGCUCUACUCUGUAAUGAAAAAAGACGCCUCAUCAUUAACAUAAAAUCAUUUUAAUUUAUACAUCCAGGUUUUACUACUUGGAAUGAAACGUGAAGUCAUGUAGAAUAGCUGACAUUUCGAGUUUGUAAUACAUCUUUUUUUGUCAUGCUAUUUUCGGAUGAUUUCUCAGCAGUGAAUCCUGUUGUAAUGUACCCUGUAAGCAAAUACAAAGGAAUAGAUUAGGCUGGGAGCUGGCACUUCAAGGGGAACACGCUGAAUCUGUAGAAGCCUCCAGGGAGGAAUAUGCAUGUUCACACUUUACAGACAGGAAGGAGGAAUUUAAAACAGCAGGGGAAACAAACCCCACAGAUCUUCUUGUGGGGUUCGCUCGUCUCAGUGGGUCCUUCUUGGCAAACACUGCUGCUGUCGUCUUUGUGAUAUAUAUUGAGAAUGUGCCCAAGAAUGAAACCAAUCCCACUGGGUUUCUUAUUCAACAAAAUGUCCCUAAUAAAAAUAAAUAAACAUUUCCAUUUUUAAUACACACGACAGUAGUGGUGUAGGAUUCUAAAUUUACAUACGCUCAGUUCAGAUCCUUAAAUAUAUAUUAGACUUGUUAAGGAGAAGUUGGGUUUUUUGUUUUGGGCUACAUGUUACCUGAACUAGUAGUGACCACAAAAUUAUGAACAUAAAUCUCAGGGGAAAAAAUGGAUAACAGACCACAAAUCGCUAGGGGUUUGAAAAAAGACAAAUUACUUCUGGAUUUCAAAGGACCAGACCAGUAUCUGCACAACAAUCAUUUUAAAGCUAUGUCCCCCGGUAUUAAGAAUGCCGCAGCACACUGCUACCCCUAUUAUAAUUCAAAAGGACAUCUCAGUGAUACAAAUAAUAUCACAGUACCACAAGGCAAGUAUUGGAAUCCACCAUGAGUGGAAGUGCAGCCUGUGUUUUCACAUACUAUUUAUGCAGGAUGCCUAAUUGAGAUGAUUCAUUUACAGCGGAGGGCCCUUUCCUCUACAGCUAAGUUGGCACAGGAGGCUUAGUUCCUCAGCAAGUAAAAUUCAAAUUUGCCACUUUGACCUGGCUCCUUAUCCAGCUAAGGUCAAUGUGACCUGACAGUGCUGAAAAACAGAAAGUGUCUAAUAUUAAAGCCAAAAUAACAUAGCACCAGAAUAGGGUGCUUACUUGGUGCUAAGGAAACCUGCAUUGCUGCCAACACACAUAGUAUUUUUUUCUUCCUGUUUUUUUUUCCCUCUCAGAACAGUACCACACACCAAAAUAGGACACUUAUAUAAAAUAGUGAAACUCAAAGUUUGCAUUAUUAGUUAACGACCCAGAACUAAAACACUUCUGUUUUAAAUCUGAUUGACACUAUUCCACCAGCUUCUGAUUUCACAGACAGAGGAAAUCAAUAACUUUGUUUUCUAGAUGUUUUUCUUUUUUUCUCAAACCUGUACAUAAUCCUGUCACAGCUAAUCAACUCUGAUCACCUUCAAGAAUGAGUCACGCACUCAGUAUAAUUAAGGUUUAGUCCCUGUAAAUGGAUUCAUAUUCAUACAACUACCAGCUUCUAGGAAUUUUGUGACACAAAGUAUCUGUCAGUGUGUGUAAUUACAUUACAAUAAGCAUGUCAUAACAUGUAUAUAACAACUGAAGAAAAAACAAACAACAGACAAUGUGUACCAUACCCAACACAUACCUUCCGAUAACAACUCCAAUAAAAAAGAAGACAAAAGAAAAUAUGCAGAAAGCCCUGCUCUUUCACCUCCCUAAUAAUGUUUUAAUGCAUUUUCUCUCUGGCUUGUAUCUACACAUAAAAUUGCAUUUCUUUUCAAUUCAAUUUACCUCAACAUACCCAUUAAGUUGCUUAAUUUGCAAGCAGAUUAGGAAGGCUGCUUUGUAUUGAUUUAAUUCUGCCAGCUGAAAUCUUGAUACAGUUUGAUUAAAAAAAAAAAAAAAAGAAAAA